AUGGUAAGUUUGAGCUCUUUCUUUACGACAAAAACUUUAAGAGUGGCGAAGAAGGUUCAGUUAUGGAUACGGUCGAACUCUUAUGUGCCCCUAAGAAACUUGAGAGGGAUCGUGGGGAAGCGUUGUUAAACGCAAUGACUUUUACAGACGAAGAACUCAAAAACAUGGUUGACUGGAUCUUAAUCAAAGCGGAAAAUCUGCCAACGUGGGAGGAUGUACGCCUCUUUUGCGGCAAUAUAUUGAUUUUACGUCUUCUAGGUCUUUGGUGCAGUGACCUUGUCACGCAUUCUUCUACAGAAAGUGCCGGAUGAUUCACUGGGACCGCUUAGGCUGCGCGAAGAGGUUGUCGAACGAAUGUCAGAGUUCGACACCCACUAUGAGUACCGAGUGAGACUGGCUGCAGCUGAAUUAAUGGAAGUUUUAUGUGCUAAAAAUGGUCUGCCAAUGUUUCAAAACUUCCUUCCAACAAUAAAAGGUGGAAUCGAGGAGAAUUUGGAACGUGACCCACUCUGCACGAGUCAAGAAAUGGAGGCAUCACAGAAAGAGUUAGACUUAGCCACGGUAAAUCAUCUGGCUUUUAUCAUCUAUUGCAGUCCCGUGUUACUAGUGGUGCUGAGCCUGUCUCGUUUUUUGCUUUAUAGGACAGAAAUCCUAACCUUAGCAAGAGUUCCCUGACAAUCUUCCACGACACUGCUGGUUGGCGAAAUUUGGAGACGUGGAUGAAGUGCCUGGAGCAUUGCAUAACAGGUCUUGGCUCAGACUUGUUUAAGGACUUUCGCGAUCCGGAAAUUCUGUCCCUGAUUUUCAAGGCGGUUAAUCAUACGAAUCGUUUCGUGCGGGAGACAGGCUACGAGCUUCUGAGCACAGUGAUCCUGAAUCACGGCUGUCACGGAAAGGGGGUAGAACAGGAUGGGGUGGAAGCGGUCCCCGACUUUGUUCGUGUUGCGGAACAACUGGCCUUUGGAUUGGCCGAUAACUGGAGCCGGGUAAGGGUUAUUACAGUAACUAUUUGAUAGCCUUCUAGACUUCUUAGGUAAUAGUUACCACGGCCUUUGACCCAUGCUUUACAAUGGUUGUUGUGUUAGCCAUCCUUCCAAAAGACAAGACUUUUAUGUGGGGGUAAGAAAUUUUGAGCAGUCCCUCGCAUCUCCUGACCUCGAGGCCAGGCUAUGAGCAUUUGGGCUCUGUCUGUCUUGUUCUAGUCUAAUUUUUUUUAAUAUAUAAUUCCUUGCCGUAUUUUCGUACUCAACACCAUUUCUGUGUGACUCUUUUGGGCUUUGGUGUGAGAGGCUUAAAGUGGUAAGGGUAAUUGAUCACCGCAGUUGCUCUCCUGCCGUUCCGUGGUAAAUGACCGAUUGAAGUAAUUUGAGUGUCAUGGUUAAGUAUUUUGGUGUAUUCCUGGCUCUAAAACUACUUUUCCCAAUUACAGUCAAGCUUAUUAGAUUUCAGAGAUAGUAUAAUGGGACCAAUAGUGCCAUUGUCCGCGUUUUAAAUCACAAAACUUCUGUUGACAGUUUCCAGACCAUUUAGUUCUUAGUUUUACUUAUUUAUUUGGCCACUCAGCUCGUCCAUUAGUGACAGUGAACUGACCUUCAACGGAAGGGUGCUUUAGAUUCGCGAAAGGCAUCCACCACCCAAAAUUUCUGUUAAGAUGGAAAGACCUGCAAACAAACCAUGUAAAAUUCCGCAGAACAUAAUGAUGGCAUUGUGCCAUGAGGAUCAAGAACCACCUUAAGGCAGGCUCUUAUCUCCACCACCACACUGCUUUCUGGGUAUCUAACAAAGAGCCGAGAGGACUUCGCCGUUAGAACAAUAAUUUUACCCGCCUGACUUUUCAGACUUCCUCUCAGUAAGGCUGGCAAGGGUGAAGAUACCGGAUGCACAGGAGAUGCACUUGCUACGUAACCACAAACUUAAAGCCAAUACCUCACGCCUGUAUCGCAGAUGUCAGUAAUUGGCUCGAUAGUGACUUGGUCACUCGCAUCUGAGUCGUCAAUCCGUGCGAUUUCAUCAGUAGUGGUGGUGCUGUGUGUGAUAAUUACUCGGCAACUUUCUUUACCAGCACUGCCGCUGAAAGCGGUGUUUCACCCGCGUGCCACCCCGCGUAAAUAAUAGCUGUACCUAAACGGUAUCCUAUUAUAAAACGGGGAGGAGGAAGAUCUCAGCUCUUGUUAGUGGAUUGUCGGCCGGAGAACUGCGACCAAAUGGCUCAUGACUCAUGUGACUGGCAUCCCACGUGGAGAUUUAGACCUCAUUGAACUUCACAGUGUAGCCCCGAGUGUAAAGUUGGCACCAUACCUCCUGACUGCCGCUACAUGUUCGGCCGUCCGCGUUAGGGGUAACCUUUCCGUUUCUCUGACUUAGGUGUUUUGCCCACAACUGUACCGGAUCCGGUAAAAAGCUGUAAGGGUUCCUCGUCGAUUGAUCCCUGCGUGCAAUCCUAACUCGAGGCGACUAACGGUUUUCUUAUUGACGUAGGGAAGUGUUGACCAAGAUUUUGACCCAAUGCAGUCCAGUCUCAUCUCAAUGGAGUUGCGCGGAUAAUCAUUAGCUCUGAGAACUCGUCGAAUUUAUUGACUUCCGCUUCGCCACAGACCACACUACACCUGUACAGCACACUCAACCGUUUAAAUGUGCGUAAGGGACGAAGCCGUACUGAACCCACACAUUGGCAAACGCCCCCGUACGUCAAGAGCGCCUCUGGAACUGUCUGGUGCUAUGUCCUAUCCCACCAUGCAAAAGCACGUGCAAUGUGUGCAGGAACUGGUGGUAUUAGUACGUGUAUGGCCACGUAGCAGCCUCGUCCCAUUGCCAUUACAUCUCUCGUACGUCGUCUACUUUUAUCUACUAGCGCCUCUGGUGAAUGGUUCGAGUGGAUCCGAACGUAAGCCAAGUAAAAUUCUUAUCCCAGUGGUCUAAUUUCCAUCCGUACAACUUCUUUCUGGAACCCUCUUCUCAUUCAUACUGAUGAUGAAGAUCUCCAAUGACCAUGGAAAUUUCCGUGUUGUCUUUUCCAACUCAUGCUACGGCGUUCCCGGUGACCGACUCGUCCAAACCUCGGUCGGUUGGCCAGAUGGUAAAUAUACAAGCCGACUCUUUUCUGGAGCAGGUAUUUCAUAUCUGAAAGCAGGGCCUAAUUGUAAGCUCUGGUGCACUGAAAUGUAGACUUCCUGUCUCGGGGUUUGCCUGCCAACUCAUGAUGCGUGCAACGUCGAGGUGUCAAGUACUUUUAACUGUUUUUUUUACUCCUAACAUGGUUGUGCAUUCGCAAAUGCGGUUUACACCGUGUUGCGGUCGCUCUGCAUAAUCAGCCCGAAGUUGCCCUUAUGUUCCGCAAACUGGUUCUGCUGGGGAUCGCACUUUUGCAUCUUUGUGGUAUUAUUUUCGAUGCCACUGCAAGAUAAUAGUUAGGCCCGUCACAGCAUCUGACCUCGCCUUUGGGGGAGAUCAGAAUGCUAGAACUGGAAAAGGUGAUAUACCUAUAGAGAGAUCGUGCGAAUACGAAGUAGGAAAUCAUUAUGCCAGUAUUAAGAGGUUUGACGGUUUCAUUUCUGUGAACACUUGAUUAUGGCAUUGCCGGAGACAGCUAGUCGCCUAGUACGUCAGCUACGUUCCAAACUGUCUGUUGUCGAAACUUCACAAUUUGCAAAGAAUACAUUAUGAAUCGUUUCACUGCUACGGCUUCUGUAACGUCUUUUGUGUACCCGUUCCUGACCUUAGGUCCGCAUGGCAGCUCUUAAGGCAUCGCGCACCUUCUUCGAGGUACCACCACCGCCGGGGCUCACCUACGAGGACAUCUACGGCAUCUUACUGCCUGCAAUCUGCCUUAAUCGGUUUUAUGUAGCCGAGGGUGUCCGCAUCUUCUGUCAGGAUACUUGGUGUCACAUCACUCAGGGUCAUGGUCGCGAGAUGCUUACCAGCAUUCUACCUGUCACGCUAGACUACUACGUUCUCCAGUCUGGGGUUGACAAUCAUGCCGUGAGUUCUUUUCUGUCCUUCGUCCUUUUUUAGGCUGGUGGAGGGGGGCACAAGUCUAUAUUCUACCUUCUCUUGUCCUGCAGGUUCGUGAGGCAGCGUGCGCCGCACUCGCUGAAGUCGGCCUGAAGCUCGACCCAGCCGGUCUGAAGCCGCACUUGCCCAAGUUGUUGGAGGCCCUGUUUCGCUGCUUCCGUGAUGACAGUUGGCCUGUGCGCGACGCGGCCUGCCUUGCCCUGGGCAACCUCAUAAACGUCUUCCCUGGGGAGGUGCGCGAAUGUGGCUACCCCGACCUCAUGGCAGAGUACUUCCUUAACAACCUCUCAGACAGUAUUCCUUCUGUGCGCCAAGGUGCGGCCACGUCUAUUGCAAAAGUUCUUCAGAGUUCAGGCGAUCCGGCCUUAGAAAAGGUGAUCUCAUCGGCCAACUGAUAACUUCACUGUUUAAUUGUACCAGUCAGGCGAAUUCAUAGAGAUUUAAAGUCAAUGAGAUGCUCUAUUCUUCGUGUCAGAGGUUUGAUAAAUUGCCUGACUCGAUCCUGACUUAACGCAUACAUUGCCCUUCUUCUAGCGCUAUUUGGACUACAUCAUUACCCAAUUGUCGGAGGUCUCCCAACAACCUGCGGACUCCAAGGGCUCCGCCGGUCAGUCUCGCGGCCAGGGAGCCAGUGUUACCGUGCUGACUGGGGCCGAGGCUCGCGAUGCAAAGCACACAGAUCAGGUCAUGUACUCAUGCGGUUCACUUACACCCAAAAUUAGAUCAAAAGGCAAGUUUUCUUACCCCUACUUGUGUUUGGCGUCUUUGUCAACCACGGAAAAAGACCGUGUGCGUUCAACACCUGGUCCGUUCCGACAACAGAGUUUAAUUUUACGAUGCUGGCGAUUCAUCAGUAAGACCUCAUUUGUGGACUGUCUUGUGGCGAAUGCCGCACGUUUGUGAUUCCAGUCUCAGACGAUUACCAGGCGGCAUAGUUGGCCGAAUAAGAGCAUAACGUGCCCUCUCGCUUCAUCUCUCCCCUAUAGUAUGUUACUAUGGUAUCCGUCCUGUUCAACGCUUUCAAUAUUCCAAUAAUAAUAAUUUGAGGUACGUCCUUGCGUAAUAGUCAAUAUAAUGUUGUCAUAUCAGAGUGGUCGCGUCUUUCCAGUGUAUCCACUCGUAAUCCGCUCAUAUAUGGCCUCUCCUUAUGAACGGUGGUCCUAUGUAAGCUUUACGUGGUUUCAUGUGGAACAGUAUUUCACCAACCGAAUGACACACUUAACCUUGCCGGCUUACAGACCUAGGGGCGUACUCUUUUCUUUGUAGGCGGCACGUGUUGCAUGGACGACACGUUUAAGCGCGCCACCGAACCCUGGGAGCGCUGCGAUGGUGCUAUCCGUUUGAUCGGCGAGCUUGCAACUCUGGCACCCAAGUUUAUCACUGAUAAUAUCAUCGACAAGAUGGUCUCUGCAGCUGCCAUCUCCCACUAUCCGCACCACCCCUAUCUCCUCGAGACUGGUGAGUUUGUCCUUCCCUCUCCCUCCGAGGUCCCUUUCUUUCAGCCCCACUGGCCGGCCUUUCCCUUUGGGGAUAUUCACUAGUCAAACUUACGUCAAGGAGUGGGCGUUCGGAGAAACAAUCCCUUUAUACCCCUCACUCCCUGUAUUAGUCUGUCCCAAACCUCUGGAGUACUCCGUGGCUGUUUCGAUGACCAUAUAAUCAUUCUAGAUAUAGCAACUCAAUUAAGUCUCCCAGGAUUAUCGCGCCCUCAGUUCCAAUGUGGGAUUGUGAAAUCAGGGCAUCUUUCUGCUGACGCUUCAGGAUUUUUGCCUAUUCAUUCUGCGGGGCGAAGCGGAGGGUCUUGAAUCCAGGGGGUUGAAGACACUAUCUUUAGUGAGACGCUAAUCCAAAGGGUCUGCCCACUUUACAACAGCCAGCCUUGUUUGUUUGGACGUUUUAAGAUUGUUCACAUAUCUCAUCCUGUAGAUCUACGUCGUAAAGCGGACAGACACAACGGUAACUUCCAGUCGCUAGUAUGCAUUGAUCUUUCGUUUCUGUGAAUUACUUAUCCGUCUGAGUUGCCGGUCUGCCCUUCAAACUUCCGAUCAUAGAAGAACACUCAUUCGGUCGCUUAUAGUUAAUAACUGCUAGGCUGAGAUCAGGGUCCGAGUGACUGAUUAGCGGUGCUCUCUUCGUCUCACCGAAAUUUCCUAAUAUUUUGGUCCUGUUAGUUGAUUCUGACUUUAGGCCCCCUCUGUACUUCAUUUGCUCCCUUGAUAGCUCACAUUCUCUGCCGUUAUUUUAUUUCCCUUAGCUUGCAGAACAAUCGGCUUAUUAUGUACAGGACUGGAUAAGGCCAUGUUCAAGCGAAACCUGGAUUCUCUGCUGCCGGUGCUGGCUUGGGCAGUAAGUUCGUCUAUGCCGCUUGCCGUCUCUGCUGCUGAGGACUGCCUCACCAUCCUGUCUCAGAAACUCGGUCCUAACGUGCUCCGCAGCCGCAUCGCGAACCACUUCGAGGUCACCACCGUCCCGCGUUUGCUCGAAAUUCUGCCUCCGAUUCCCUAUUAG